UCAAUAAGGAGCGACUUUUUGAUUAAGGAAAAAACGUUUCGCAAGUUAAGUAUUCUACUCAAUAUUAAACUCAAUUCGGACAAGUCUCAAAGGGGGACCCCUUUGAGCACCUUCGCGGAUGGCUCAGGUGUGCGCUUUUGCUUAUGUUUUGCAAGGCUUUGGCGACGUUUCUCCAUCCAGCCAAAAAUAAAAAAUCCUGGUGGCUGAUCCUAAUCACCACUAGAAAGCAUUUUUUCAGCCAACCAGCCACCUACUAAAUAAAAAGCGUAAGUUAUAUUAUAUCAAUUAAUUCGGACAAGUCUCAAAGGGGGACCCCUUUGAGCAACUUCGCGGAUGGCUCAGAUGUGCGCUUUUGCUUAUGUUUUCCCUCAAGAACUCUCUCAAGCGAGAGUGCAACUCCAUCCCUGGCGUGUGAGGUUUCAUCGUCCUGUCAGGAUUCCAUCCACAUCGCAAAAACCACUCCGUGUUGCUGUUGCGAGCGCAGUGCCAGCGGGCAACUUCUUUUGUCCGUGAAAGGUCCCCAAAGCAGGAUCGUGAGGCCCUUCGCCAAAUCGUCGUAGAUUCGCCUCGAAGCUUCUGAUCGUCGGCCCCACGUCAAGCGGCGAUGAUUAGAAAAAGUAGGCUUAUGCGAGUACUAGUG